AAUCCUUCUCCUCCUCCGUCUUCUUCCUCCUAAUCUCUUCCUUCCCCUUCCAUUCCCUUUCCCAAUACCUCUCCCAACCCCCGGCUUGAAAAAGCCUACAUAGCCCUCCAAGCCUGGAAGCACGCCAUCACCUCCGACCCAAAGAACCUCACCGCCGACUGGUGUGGGCCCCACGUCUGCAACUACACCGGCGUCUUCUGCGCACCUGCUCCCGACGAUCCUUCCCUCACCACCGUCGCCGGAAUCGACCUCAAUCACGGCCGCAUCUCCGGCACUCUCCCCAACGAGCUCUCCCUCCUCUCCGACCUCGCCCUCUUCCACCUCAACUCCAAUCGCUUCUCCGGUACGCUUCCCUCCUCCCUCUGCGACCUCCGCCGACUCUUUGAGCUCGAUGUCAGUAAUAAUCGCCUCUCCGGCUCGUUCCCUGAUUUCGUUCUUGAUCUUCCCGAGCUCCGAUUUCUUGACCUUCGAUUUAAUCGGUUUCGAGGUGCUGUUCCGGCGGAGGCUUUUAACGGUGGUUCAGCCGCGAAACUUGAUGCUUUUUUUGUUAAUGAUAAUCAAUUCAAUUUUUCCCUUCCCGCCAAUUUCGGAAAUUCGACGGCAUCUGUGAUCGUGCUUGCUAACAACAGGAUUGGGGGGUGUUUGCCGGCGAGCAUUGGCGGGAUGGGGAAGACGCUCAACCAGCUGGUGAUACUAAACACGGGGCUGACGGGCUGCAUUCCGCCGGAGAUUGGAAAUCUGAAGAGGUUGACGGUGUUCGACGUCAGCUUUAACGAGCUGGUGGGGCCAUUGCCGGCGACCAUGGGAGAGAUGAAGAAGCUCGAGCAGCUCGACGUGGCCCACAACUUGCUUUCUGGAGAAAUACCAGAAGGGAUAUGCGAGCUGCCGAGGCUCAAGAACUUCACUUACUCCUAUAAUUUCUUCUGCGACGAGCCGAAGAUAUGUUUGAAGGUGCGGCGGCAGGAUGACCGGAGAAAUUGUAUACCGUGGCGGCCGGAGCAGAGGUCUCCGGAGGAGUGCGCGGCGUUUCUGUCUACUCCAGUGCACUGUGAUGCCUACGGCUGCAGCACGCGACCGCCACCGUCGCCGCCUCCACCAACGCCGCCACCGCCGCCGCCGCCUUACCACUAUUGAUCAUGGCCGUCCAAUUUAAUAUACUGUGAGUUCGAAUUUUCUUUGGAUGUUGUUAACUGAAUUUGUGCUGUUAUUUUCUUUCGGUAAUGGCAU